AUGAAGACAACUGUCACUGUGCUCUAUUUUAUGAGCCUCUUUGGACUGAAUUCCAGUUUCUAUGUGUAUCACUUUUAUGUGACAGAGUCUAUGACUUGGGAUGGUGCACAGACGUACUGCAGAGCACACAAUGAUGAUCUGUCCACUGUCAGCAGUCAAGAUUUACAGCAACUCUCUGAUAAUGCCCAAAGUAAUUAUUGGAUUGGACUUCAAAAACUUGAUAACAAUAAAAACCUAUGGGAGUGGUCUGCUGGUGGGAUGGCAACAAUUAAUGAAUGGGACAGAGGAGAACCAGAUGAUUACAAUCAAAAAUGUGGUUUUGUUAAAAAAUCCAAUUCUAAAUUGCAUGAUCUGUGGUGCUCUGCUAGUUUACAAUUUUAUUGUAUGGAGGUCUAUGAGUUGAUCCUGGUGCAGCAGACAAACACAUGGGAAGAGGCUCUGGACUACUGCAGACAGCACUACAUUGAUCUGGCCAUUAUAAACUCUGAAAUUAUUAUGGUAGAGGCGAGAAACAAGACCAAAUCAGCCCAGACAGAAGAUGUGUGGACCGGCUUGCGCUUUUUAGCUGGUCAUUGGUUCUGGGUAAAUGGAGAUGAUGUUGACUAUACGGCCUGGUCUGUGGAGGGAGAUUUCCAGUGUCCUGCUAUGAAUCAGCGCUGUGGAGCUAUUGAUAGAGACAAUAAUGAUUGGAAACCCACAGAUUGUGAUCAAAGGCUCAACUUUCUCUGUGUCAAAAGGGCAAACAUUAAUUAA